AUGGCGGCACCGAUUCUCUUCUCCCUUCUACACACUGUGACUCGCUUAAUUGAUCAUCCAAUCUAUCCUUGGCACGAUUCGGAGAUGUUCGUUCCUGGAAACUGUCGCAGUGUCGCCAAACAAAUGCUUCGAGUGACUCUUCAUCAGUUGUCAUCGUCCGGGAUUUGUAUGCAACUGUUUGACACACCGAUCGCUCGCACGGAUUCAUUUUGGAAAAUCGUUUCGCUGUCGCUGGCGGAUUUCCAAGAACUCUCACCCGUCUACUUCAUACAGUUGCUUUUCGAGGUAGUUUCAGCUGUCAUAAUCGGCCUUCCACAGUUCCUUUGCCCAGUUCAAUACUUCACUCAGGACCUUUCCGAGAACUGGCUACCGCGCCUUUCGACAACUAUGCGCAAUCUAGCUGCGUACAUAGUUGAAGUGCCGUCUGACGCCUACAUCAACCACUGGAGUACGGCGAUCACUCACAUGGAGUCGUUCUUCAGAAGAUAUCAUACCCAGUCGGCUGUCUCGUUAGUGGACUCAUUCUGCAAAUGGCUCGCUGAAGCCCUGCAUGAGUGCCCUGUGAAACUGGAAAGCCUAUUGACAAUAUGUACAGCCUGCAAUAGAGCUCUUAUUCGGGAACGAGACAAACAAAGCGUUUCUCGCGCUGUUGUGGCAGAAAUGAUUCAGGCGAUCAAAUUCAAAUGUUCAAUGCACGAAGCGAAUUUCAUCACUAUUGCAAAUCUGAUCCUUCAGGAUGCUGGCGAAGACAUCGAAAUGAACAUACAAGACGACCAAUUCAACACGGCAGCAUCUGAGGCAGUGCGACCUUUCCUGUUCGAGAUUCUCGAUUUCAUCGCUGAUCUUCACGUAUUGGCCAAGCUCAAGAGAUAUAUGCGGCUAGGAUAA